GAGAGAGAGAGAAGCAGAGCGGAGCGAGCUGCGGAGAUUACACAGAGUUUCUGCGCUGCGUUCCCGGGGCGCAGGAAGACUAGAGGCCGCCGUCACCUGCCAGGAGCCCCCGAGCACGAGAGGAGGAGAGGUGGGCACGGUAACGGAGGACUGUCUAUACAGCCACUCAAGGAGGGAGCCAAGAUAGGAGCCGGAGUGGCCGUCGCAUCGCUCCCCAGCCUCUCCUGUCGAAGAGAUCCGGUGCUGAGCAGGAAAAGAUCGUUCAGAGAGACCGGCAACAAGAACGAGAGGAGGACGAGCAGAGGAGACAGGCUCUGAACACAGCUGAGGAGAAUUAAAUCCAAACUGAGGAAUUACCACAACGUUCAGACUGAACUCUGCCCGGCGGAUGUUUCUGUUUUUUUAAUCUCUCUAUUUUUAAGUAGAGUCAUUGAUUGGAACAGACAUUUAUCUUUUUGUGAAUCACAGUAUUACUUCACCUCGACGUCUGCCUGAGAGAUGAAAGACUUGCUUCCUUCUCUUCUUUGUGAACCUUUUGACUGCCGAGUUUGAAAGAAACUCUGAAAGCUAAAGGGGAUUUUUUUUAACUUGCGCAAUCUCUUUCAUUUUCUGUUGUUACAUUGCUGUUACCUCACUCUUUUCUUUUCCUGAUGACGUACUGUUUCUCAUAAAAGGAAAGGAAGGAGCUGAGUGACUCAAGUUUCUCUACAGGAGCUCAAAUAGCAUUUGCAUUCCUGUUUGGCUCUCACAAGGAGACAAAUCCUCCCUUGUGUGUGAGACUGAGUGUGUUUUUUGUGUGGCUGUGAGUGUCCCUCUGUGAUACAUUGACGUUUCUCAGGGGACAAUAACCGGUCCUGUGUGUCUCCUCUGGAAAAAUGGGAUCAGAAAAGGACUCAGAGUCGCCUCAUUCUUCAGUGAGCGGCGUCCCGAACCCUAAGUGCCGUGCGGCGGGCAAACGCCAGGGCCGCAUCUCCUUUCAUAGCCUAUUUCACAGCAAACGGGGCUCUCGGGGCGCCAGGGGCCCCAAAGGAGGAGCUGCCACCCCUUUAUCCCAUCAUCACCAACAUCUCCACACACAACAACAGCUUCUCCCUACUGCCUUGAGCUCAGUGCCCGCCGCAGCCUCUGCUACACCCACAACGACGACCACCACAGCCACCACGACCCCCCAGGAUGCUGCCUCGAACACACCCUCAAAGCCACUCUCCUCCAGCCAGCCUUCCCUGGGUGGAGCCCCUUCCUCCGGGGAGGCCAACCUCCUGGAGUGCCCCCUGUGCCUGGUGCGCCAGCCCGCUGACCAGCUCCCCGAGCUGCUGGGGUGCAGCCACCGCUCCUGCCUCUGCUGCCUGCGACAGUACCUCCGUAUUGAGAUCACAGAGAGCCGAGUCCAGCUCAGCUGCCCCGAGUGUGCAGAGAGACUGGCCCCGCGACAGGUGGCGGACAUCUUGGAUGACGCGGCCCUGCUGGAGAAGUAUGAGGAGUUCCUGCUGCGGAGGUGCCUCGCCUCCGAUCCAGACUGCCGAUGGUGCCCGGCGCCUGACUGCGGGUUUGCCGUCAUUGCCUCGGGCUGUGCCAGCUGUCCCAGGUUGGUGUGUCGCAGAGAGGGAUGCGGCGCCGAGUUCUGUUACCACUGCAAACAGGCCUGGCACCCCAACCAGACCUGCGACUCUGCCCGCCAACAGAGGGCACAAUCCCUGCACACCCACAGCAACCACUCACCCAGCUACACACAGGAGCAGGGACCCGCUGAUGACAUCAAGCCCUGCCCUCGCUGUGGUGCCUACAUCAUCAAGAUGAAUGAUGGAAGCUGCAAUCACAUGACCUGCGCCGUCUGCGGCUGUGAGUUCUGCUGGCUCUGCAUGAAGGAGAUCUCCGACCUGCACUACCUCAGUCCAUCUGGCUGUACAUUUUGGGGAAAAAAGCCUUGGAGCAGGAAGAAGAAGAUUUUGUGGCAGCUGGGCACCCUGAUCGGAGCUCCAGUCGGCAUCACCCUUAUCGCAGGCAUCGCUGUUCCCGCCAUGGUCAUUGGCAUCCCUGUUUACGUUGGUCGCAAGAUCCAUGCCCACUACGAGCUGAAGAAGACGUCUCGUCACAGGAGGAACCUGGCCAUCACAGGAGGCGUGGCCCUGUCAAUCAUCACCGCCCCUGUCAUCGCAGCUGUCAGCGUCGGUAUCGGUGUGCCCAUCAUGUUGGCCUACGUGUAUGGUGUGGUGCCCAUUUCUCUGUGUCGUGGAGGAGGCUGCGGUGUCAGCAGAGGGAAGGGACGUGGGGUACGCAUUGACUUUGAUGAGGACGAUGGUCCAAUCACAGUGGCCGAUGCAUGGCGAGCCCUCAAGUCCCCAAGCCUCGGCGAGAGCAGUCUGGACGGGGCGGUCAGCGGUCUGAGCACCACCUCCCCCAGUGAGGGGCUCUCCGUGGCCCCUGGGACUCUGGGUGACACACCCCACUUUAACACCCUGGCAGGUGGAGCUCUGGGAACACGCAACGGCAAAUACAGCAGGCUGGAGGUGCAGGCAGGGGAGCUGGCUAAAGAAUCCGCCCAGAGGGAGACAGGCAGCCUGGGCGCAGGGAGCGACUGCGCCAGCACUCGAGGAAUGGCCGGAUCCAUCAUCUCGUCCUACACACUACCUGACAGGGAGUGCACCAACCUGGAGAUCCAGGUGGACAUUGAGACCAAACCCAGCCAUCUCUGCCUGACCAGUGAAGAGGACCUAACCCCACCCCCGGGCUCCGCUGCCAUGGCGACUGUCUCAGGUGUGGAGGAGCCUCAGGACUGCAGCUCCAGGAGGGGCGGGGCUCUGUCUGGAUCAGUGUUGGGACUGUCACCGGGCGUGUCAAUCAGGGAGGGGCUCCGAGACGUCACCCUAGCUCAACCGGAGAGCAUCCGCAGUGACCUGGAGAUGUCGGACACUCAGUCAGACGACAUCGCAGAGCUGACGUCAGAUGACUGUGACUCCCCUCACCCAAAAAGCUGUCACCUGGCGGCCGGCCAGCAGCCCCCCUCCUGCCGAGCCCUGAACCCCUCUGAAGGCCUUCACUGUCCCACUGACAGCAAUGUCAUCCUCUACGUUUGAGGGAAGAGCGGCUGCCAGGAUUGCACAAAAAAACUACCCAAUCCCGCCAACAGUUACACCUGAGCUCUCCUUUACUUCAUAGCUUUUUUUGGUCAUUUCUCGUUUGCUGCUUUUGCGACUCACAGACACCGUCUUAAACACAGACAGCGUUUGUUUACUUCUGUCUGUCUGAUCUAUCUACCUGUCAAUCUCCUCACUGAGUAAAUUGUCAGGGUUCUACCUCUGAGAUUUAUAAGAUGAUGAUUUAUGUUUACUCCUUGGUGCAAAUGCCUUGGCUACUUAAGCAAAAAAAAAGAAAAAAAGAAAAAAAAAGGUACACAUUUUCCACAAGAAAUAUUGCAAUUAUGAAAUUAUGAAUUAUAAGGUGAAAUGCCACCGAGCACAGCAGAGGGAGACAGAUUGUUUGGAAAACAGAUGUUUGCCGAGGACAGAGGGGUGUUUCUAACUGUGUGAAUGACUUCACCUGUUGUGGCUUUAUUUUCUUCUUUUCCUCUAUUUAUAUUAAGACGACCUUGAAAUUGUGUUAUGUGCCGCACGCAUGAGUCUGCAUGAGCCAUGCCUUGUGUGAACGAUUUAAAAGGGCGGGGAGUUUCUGUUACACUGGUGUAAGUGAAAGUUUACGUUAGAGGAUGAAGCUGCACUUGAAUCUUAAUUUCCCUGCACAGAGGAGGAAGAAGAGGAGGAGGAGGACAUGUGGACAAAAAAAAAAGAGUUUUGGAUUACAGGAAUAAAUGAUUGAGUUCUGACAAUGACGCGGCGAGGCCAGGAGACACUGCGGUGAAAUGCACUGAGAAAAGCCAUUUUAUCUAUUCUGUUAAAGUCUAUGACAGUGUAAGACAGCCCAGCAUAUUAAACAUUGUCAUUGUGUUUUGCACUGAGACAUACAUCAAACAGACAUUUACCAUUUCAUAAAUCACCCACUGAGAAACCUAUAUAAUGUUAAUGUCAAAAAUGCAAAGGUCCUGCUUGUUUUCUCCAAUCUCAAGGAAUUUAGGUAGUGAAAUAAGUCAUUUCGCAGCGGUUGUGAUGCUCAAACAAAUUUUAUCGUCAACUAUUGAAACGGGAGAAGUUUCAGUUCUGCAACCUCUCCACUAGAUGUCACUAAAUCCUACACACUGGACCUUUAAAACAGCAACUCAGUUUUCAGAUGCCUGUGAGUUGUUCACAGUAGUGGUGGAUGUACAUUUACUCAUGUGCUGUGCUCAAGUACAAAUCUGAGCUACUUGUAUUUUCUUGUCCACUUCCUACUUCUACUCCACUACAUCUCUGAAGGAUAUACUGUACUUUCUACUCCACUACAUUUAUUUGACAGCUUUAGUUACUUCACAAAUUAGGAAUUUUGCACACAAAACACAGAGCCUCUAAAAUAUCAUGUAUCAUGCCUCUAAAAUAGCAGUUUAUACAAGUACAGCUGAACCCAUUAGUCAAUUAAUUAACUUGUAAAUUGAUUAAAAAAAAAAAAGUAAUUGGCAACUAUUUAAGUAGUUUUUUAUGCAAAGAUGACAAAAGGAUCGUUCCAUCAUCAAAAAUGUGAAGAUUUGUUGCUAUUUUAAUAUUAAAAUAACUUUAAGUCUGUUUCAGUUCUCACUUAGAGAAGCUGGAAGCAGAGAUUAUUGUGCAUCUUUUAGCUUGAAACAAAAUAAAAUGCUGAUAACUAUUUUAUUAAUCAACUUAAUUAUGAAACGAAUAAUUAUUUAAGCUGUGAUCUGUGAUCGUUUUUUAAAAACUGGUCACAGAAGCUCUGAAUAAAUAUUUGUACUUCCACCCUCAGAAUGGCUGCUCACAUCUCGACCGUUCGCUGUCAGAACUCUCUCACUGUCUGGUUCUGGUGUGUGUGUGUGUGUGUGUGUGUGUGAUCAGUGUUUGACAAUUGGCUGCCUUAUAGACACACACUGACUAACACAACGCACACACACUGACAGGCCUGGUUUUGGUUUAGUGUUAACUGGCUGUCUGAACCACUUGAACGCUGUGUGUGUGUGUGUGUGUGUGUGUCUCUCAGAAUGGACUCCUGAUGAAUGUAUUUGUCCCACUUUGUUUUUGAAUGAGCACUUGUGCACUUUAUCUGAAUUUAUCUUAUUUAUCUUUUAUUUUGCUAUCAUCUUUGACUAUGAGUGACUUCAGUUCAACAGUCUGUGGUACAACCAAAAUAAAUCACCUACCAGAAGGCCUUUUAUGUUGGAUGUAACUAAAGAAGAGUUUGGCUCCAAAGCUUCACAUAACCACUAAUUUAAAGCUUUUUAAGUUUGUUAUUCAGUGUUUUUACACGUAAAGGGAAUCCAAGGUGUUUUUAUCAGUGAUCCAAGCACUGUAAUGUUAUUUUUUGAAUAUAUUUUACUCUGUUAGUUUAUCAUCAUUACCAGUUUCACUUUUGGAGCCAAACACUUCAAACAUUGAUGCCGAUAAGCUUUUCUAAAUCAUACUCACUAGCCUGAAUCCUUUCUUAGCUUUGUAUCACCUCUGUGCUUCAGUUUCAAAAAGGUUUUUCUACCAGGUUUUCCUUUAAAUCUGCAAGGAAUCCAUGUGGGAACCUUUUUCAUCUCAGAGUAGCUUUAUGGAUUUAGCUGCUUAUAUAACUUGGCAGUGCUUUGUUUGGUCUGCACUUACCACUUGUUUCUGCCUGCCUGCCUGUGAGAAAACACACGAAUGUACCACGAGACGGAAACCUGAACUUCCUGAAAGAGUCUGAGUGAGUGUUAAUGGAGAAACGUCCCAUUGAGAACACAGGUGGUCCUUAUUUGAAAAGGUUUUAGAGUAUAUAGAUAGCAAUAUUUAAGUGUUAUUAUAUUGUUUGUGUAUUUCCUGUCACUGUUGAAGCCCUGCCAUGUGUGGGGUUGUACAUGCAGGACUGUGAAAGACAACUUGUGGACCUUUGGGGAAAAAUAAAUAAACACAACCUGAUGUUGCACCAAA